AAUACUGUGGAACUAGGAGCUUUUACGAAUCUGGCUCCUGAGAUCGCUCUCCCGUGAAGACGAAGAAGAAAGAAGAAGAAGAAGAAAGAGUGAUCAGAUUCCGAUUCCCAAACCAUGAAGCCGAAUCCAACACCUUCACCAUACAUCAGGAAUGGUGGUGUUUAACGUUAGUGGAAAAUGCAGCGUGCUCCUUUGACAGUUGAGGAACGUUUGUUGGAAAAGGCGGUGAAGGAAGAAUGCGCAUGGGAGAGUCUUCCCAGGCGACUUCAUCCAAUUGUGCCUUCAAAGGAAGAAUGGCACAAGAGGAUAAUUGAAUACUGCAUAAAGAAGAGACUUCAAUGGAUUAAUUGUUUUGCUCGUACAGUUUGUAAAGAAAAUGAAUAUUAUGAAGAUAUGAUGCGCUACUUGCAGAGGAAUCUAGCUCUAUUUCCUUAUCAUCUGGCGGACUAUAUAUGCCGUGUAAUGAGAGUAUCGCCUUUCAGAUAUUACUGUGAUAUGAUUUUUGAAGUAAUGAAAAAUGAGCAACCUUAUGACCGCAUCCCGAAUUUUAGUGCUGCAGAUGCUUUAAGACUUACAGGAAUCGGAAGAAAUGAAUUUAUUGAUAUUAUGAACAAGUGCAGAUCUAAGAAAAUAAUGUGGAAACUGAACAAGUCAAUAGCAAAAGAACUUUUGCCUACUCAACCUGUGGAUUUUCCAAUUGAACCAUGGUGGGGAGUUUGUCUUGUGAACCUUACCUUGGAGGAAUUUAAGAAACUCUCAAAGGAGGAAAUGGCCACAAUUGACAAAGUCUGUAUGGAGGAAGCAAAUUCAUUUGUCUCGUUUGAUCCUGACAUUGUAAGGGAUCUUUGCAGACGGGGACUAGUCUAUUUUGAUAUUCCCGUUUAUCCUGACGAUCGGUUUAAAGUUUCCAGGCUUGAAGGUUUUGUUUCCAACAGGGAGCAGUCUUAUGAAGAUCCUAUUGAAGAGUUGUUGUAUGCAGUUUUUGUAGUUUCAAAUGAAAACGUGACUGUUAAGGAGUUGGCAGCAACCCUACAGGCUGACUUGUCACUGCUGCAGGCUGCUGCUGCUUUUGUGUGUCGAUUGGGAUGGGCAACAAAAGUACUUGAUCCAGAAUCUAUUAUCGGAGAUUCAAAUAUUCUUGCAUCUCCAAUGAGUACAAUCAAUGACGAAGAUGUUUCUGUUGCUAGUCAAAAUUAUGAGAAUACGCUUUUUGAUAAUGACUCCAUUCAACAUGGGGACACCUCAGUUUCAGGGAGCCAUGGACCUCGUUCUGCCUACACUCGUGUUGCUUUCAUAGUUGAUGCUAAUAUUACAUCCUAUCUUAUGAUGGGAUCUGUUUCACCAGGCUUGAAAUCUCAUGCUGUUACACUUUAUGAAGCGGGGAAAUUGGGUCAUGCCAGCAUUUCUGAUCUUUGCAAGGAUCUUAGUACCCUGGAGGGUGCAACAUAUGAGGGAGAACUACAGGAAUUUGCAAAUCAUUUAUUUAGUCUGCGUUGUGUCUUGGAAUGCCUACAAUCAGGUGGAAUAGCUACCAAUAAAAAAGAAGAGGGAUGUUCUGAAGAGCUGAAUAUGGUUACCUCAAGCAAUGAUGGGCCAAGUUCUGUGAUAACUGAAAUCUCUUUGGUUGAAAAAUCAGAAGAAUCUGGUGUUUCAGAAGCUGUGAUACAUAAAGUGGACUUGGUAAAUUCUGAUUCAGAGAAGCUCGUGGAGGCUUCUGUGUACACUGAACGUGUUCCUAGUGGAAUGGAUGAUGGAACUCAUUCCAUUUCUUUGGAAAAUGACAAUGAUCACAUUCAGGAAGCUGACAAAUCAGACACAAAAUUGCAUGACAAUGAGAAACUGACAGUAUGUGAAGGUUCAGAUGUCAAGACAGAAAUGGUAAAAAGGAAAAAGAAAUAUCACGUAGACCUUCUACGCUCUGAAAGUUUGGCUUCUCUUGCACCAGCUACUCUUGACCGUUUGUUUCUUCGUGACUAUGGUAUACUUGUGUCUAUAGUGCCUCUCCCCCAUUCAUCAAUUCUUCCUAGACCUUCAGGUCCAGUUCAUUUUGGUCCUCCCGCAUAUUCUUCUAUGAGUCCUUGGAUGAAGUUGGUAUUAUAUUCAACUGCAUGUAGUGGUCCUCUAUCAGUUGUUCUGAUGAAAGGACAGUUUCUGCGCUUGCUUCCUGCUCCAUUGGCUGGCUCUGAGAAGGCCCUUAUAUGGUCUUGGGAUGGUUCCACAAUAGGAGGAAUAGGAAGGAAGCUUGAAGGAAGUUUGGUGAAGGGAAGUAUACUCUUGCAUUGCUUAAAUUCACUUCUUAGACAUUCAGCUGUGCUGGUGCUACCUCUCAGUAGGUUUGAUCUCGAUGAAUUUGGAAAACUGAUUACUUUGGAUAUCCCUUUGCCUUUAAAGAAUGCUGAUGGAUCAAUUGCCUCUGUAGGAAAAGAUUUAGGACUUAAAGAAGGGGAAAUUUCUAAGUUAAAUUCUUUGUUGAGUAAUUUGGCAAACAAAAUGGAACUAUGGACUGUUGGUUAUAUCCGGCUAUUGAAAUUAUUUAACGGAACAAAGUCAGACCAAUUCUCCUCCGAAGAGAAAUAUGAAUGGGUGCCAUUGAGUGUGGAAUUUGGUAUGCCACUAUUUAGUCCAACGUUGUGCGAUAGUAUAUGUAGAAGGAUAGUUUCAUCGGAGAUGCUUCAGUGUGGCUCAUUUGGUGAACACCAUGAUGCAAUGCAAAACUUAAGAAUAAAGUUGCUUGACAUUUGUGAUGAGUACCAAUCGACAGGUCCUACUGCAAAGCUUCUUUACCAGAAAGAGCAUCCCUUUGGAAAGCUAAUGAGUCAUGCUUGUGGAAGAUGGAAUCCAAUUGUGGAUCUUUCUCCCAUUUCAGGAGUAUUAAGUGCACGUCAGAGGUUAAAACUUGUUAAUCGGCAAUGCUGCCAAAAUGAAGUGUUUAGCUGUGAUGACAGAGCUCUUAGAUCGUAUGCUUUAACUCCUGCUCAUGAAGCUGCCAAAGGACCAACUAAAGAAUCCCCUGAGGCCAAUACGAUAAAAACUGAACCAGAAGAAAAUGAUAGUAAAGAAGCAAUCCUUCCUGGUGUUAAUCUUAUUUUUGAUGGUUCUAAGUUGCUUCCAUUUGAUAUAGGCGCUUGUCUUCAAGCUCGCCAAUCUAUAUCAUUAAUAGUAGAUGCAGCUGCUGCCUCAGCAUCUGCACCAUUCAGUCAUUUAUCAUUAUAGAUCACUCCACCUUGAAUCUUGAUCCACAUGAAUGGCAAUGCUAGCAACUCACGUGGCAUUAUUAAUGACACUGUUUGGAAUGCAUGCAUCUUCAAGAUUGAUGAUUGCGCACAAACCUGGGCUCAGGUUGAAGAUUUUGCUUGAUCAAGAAAAUCAACACCAGUUGGAGCCGUGAAAAGAGGAAAUAUGUAACGGUUCUUACUCCUUAAACAAUGUAUAUAUAUGAUAGGAUUUGUUUUUUUUAAUUUUGCUCUUGCCACAUGUAGUAAGAAAGACAUGAAGUCACCCUUGGCUCAAAUUUGAGCAACACGUAGCCAUUGGAAAUUUAUUUUCAUUUUCCCUUCUUACCUGAUGUGAACUGAGUUGUCUUUUACUCCAGUUGCCUCCUCUUUGAUUAUCCAUGUGUAAUCUCUAUUGUCUUAUGCUGAUUUUGUAAGCAAAAUAAGAGAUAGCAUAUAUGAUCAUAAAA